AUGGAAAAUAUAUCAGAAAUGAAAUCAUAUGAAGAUAAGGAAAGAGAGCCUAUAUGUUUUGGAGACAUUUCGGAAAACUACAAUUUCUCCCCAAAUAACUACACCAUUAGUGAUUCAUUUGAAAAAAAAGAAAAAAAAAAAAAAAAAGUGAGGGAACAUGAGAAUAACAGAAUUAUGGAGAGUUUGGAUGGGAGGAGUGAUUUUUUCAAUGAUGAUAAAAAUUCCUGUUCAUAUUCUAAAGGAAGCGAUAACAUAUCAGCAGAAAUGAAUAAACAAGAGGCAGAGAAAUCAGCAUCUCCUUUAUAUGAGAAUAACGAGGGUUGUAAAACGAACAAGUAUAACAGCAAUAACAUUGUCGGAAGUAGUAACAGCACCAUACCAUUGAGUAGCGAAAAUUUAGAGGAAAACAUUUUAAAAAAAUUGAAAGAUCAUAGUUCCUACGAUGAUGAACAUUUUGGAAGUGAUGGUGAGAGUUGUAAAAUCCUAAAAUUUUGCUCAAAGAAAUCCACUCAAAAAGGAAAAUCAAGUGAAGAGAUUAAUUGGAGACUUCAUAAAAGUAGUUUAAAAAGUGAGGACAGUAACAGUAAAUUUGAAAAUUAUGAUCAUGUGAUGGACGCAAAAUUUUAUAGGGAUGGUAACACUAAUUUCUCGCAUAUAUCAUCAUACGAAAUGACAGAAAUUGGAAAUACAGAAAAAACAGGUCUUUGGCUUGUAGACACUAUAAACGAAAUGUUAGACAAAUUAUGUGAUAAGAAUGAUGAAGAUUCAUGCAUAAACAGUAGAGCUAAUAUUCAUACAAAUUCUAAUUCUAAGAAUUUAAAUAAUCCAGAAUUAGCAAAAAAUAGGAUAUUUAAAUGGCCAGAAUAUUUAAAAUUUCAGAACAUAAUUUUUUAUAGCCAUAUAUUACCCAUUUAUGAAGAAAUAAGGAGUGUUUUUAUUGAAUACCAAAGGCGAAUAUUAGAACAGAAAAAUAAAAACGGAAGAGAAUAUUCAUAUGUGUUAAGAUUACCUAUAUUUCCCCACGAAAAUGUAAAGGACAAAUGUAUCUCAGAGACCUAUUCAAAUUUACCAGAUUUAAAUGAAAUAAAUGAGGGCACAGCUUGGGAACAAUACGCUCGAAGUAGAUAUAACAUUAACUGGAGAAGUAGCAUGUCAAACAGGAGAAGUAGCACAUCCAAUGGGAGAAGUAACAUGACAAACGGGAGCAGUAACAUGCCAUACGGGAGAUACCAUAAAAAGUUUGCACUAAUAAACGAUGAUGAUUAUGAUGAUAACCUAUUUUUCAAUUUACCAUAUGUACUCCAGAAAGUGAGAGAUAAAUAUAAUAAUUUCUGUGAAUAUGUUGGAAAAGAGUUAGAACACAUAGAUAGAGAAAAUUACACCAUGAAACAGUACUGUUUUGUAGUUUCUAAAAGUUUUGCUAAGAAUAUUAUAAGAACAAUACCUUUUUCAAAAUUCCCUAUAUUACUUAAACAUAUGUUUAAUUCUUUCCAUAUGUGCAUGCGUCAGGAGAAUAAUGAGUUUAUGAGUGAAACAGAUUUUAUGAAUUCAAAUAAUUUACAGCAUAGUAGUAAUAACUUGAACACUAUGUAUACCUUGCCAAUUGACUUAGACAAUUCUAUAUCCAACUUAAAUUCUACUAUUCGAUUAAAUUAUAUUGGACAUGCAAAAAAAAACACAUGUGUAAAUUCAAAUCCAUUAUUUACAUCAAAUGGGGAAAAUCAAUUUUUUUCUGGAGGUAUAAACACAACAACAAAUGAACAACGGAGAAGACACAGCAUCUCCUUAAAUUUUAAUGGCAUAAAUAGAAAUAAUAAAAAUUUAUUAGGAAAUACAUUAGAGGAUAGAAGAAAUUAUUUAACUAGAAGUUUUAAUACUCUACCUAAAUAUGUAAAAACGUGUGCUAAUAGUAGAAGCAAAUUGAGUAAGUCUUUAAGAUCAAAUGAUUUAAUAAAAAUGUCAAGUAUGAAAAAUAAUUCAUUUAUAAACACAGAUAUGUUAGAUAGGAGAAGAACAUCAUGCACUCCUGAGACAAAUAAGAACGAAAUUACGAGAAUUGAUACAACAGUAGAUCACGACACAACAAAUAAUUAUUUAGAAAACACUCAAAUCAAUUCUCUUAACGGUAUAAAUGAAUCCAUUAAUGUAUCUGAGAGUGAUAAUUAUUACACGGCAAAAUCAUUACCCCUUAACUAA